AACGUUUCGGUUGAAAUUUAAAACGGAGGGCAGUGCCUCCCUGUCAAAAAGCCAGCCAGCCAGCAGACCACUUUUUAAAGCAAAUUUAGUAGUUUGUUAUCCUAUUUUUAUAGUUGAUUACUUUGUCAAAAGUCUUGUAUUAUCAAAAUUUGGUUUAAUUUUGGAGUAACGUCGUAUGUCGUGUUCGAAAUCGGAGAAGUAGAGUAGAAGUAAUUUCACAGCAGCAUUGUUGUGGACUGUCGGAUCCUCAUAUUUAUGAGCUCAGUCAGCAGCGAGCUCAGCUGAUGGAUGAAGGCUGACUAAACCAACCCAUUCAAGGAAUUUUAGUCUGUUGUUUAAGAGAAGAACCGUUUCCUAGUGCCUACACCGGUUUGAUAUGUCUAUCAUUGAGGAAAAGAAAAUGUGGCUUUCAUGAAAUUCAUUUUACUGGGGACCCGAGGUUGAACUUGUAUUCAGUCUCGUCGUACGUCCAACCUCAUUUCUGCAUCAGCCAGAAAAAUAAGUUACCAUUGUUGCAGAAUGUCCGUUUCGGGCGGAGUGAUGUCAAAAGUGGCACUAGACGCAGCCCUGGAUGAAUUGGGUAUGCUGAGCUCUAUCACCAACAGCCGUCAAGAAUACAUUGCAGAGCUUUCGAGACUUGCUGCUCUAGAAAUACUGCAGGAUCGCGAUGUGGGCUCAAGUAAUGCUGGUAAUGGAAUGCGUACUCGAGCAAGCAGCAUGUCGACUGUUAAUGGGCGCACCUUUGUUUUGAAGAGAUUCAAGGAUUCUAGGUUAAGAUUAAAGCCAUAUGAUGGGUUAAGGUUAUCAGAACCAAAAAGUUCACGAAGAAGAUCACGAACGCAAAGCGAAAAUGAAUCAGACCUGCUUGAUCAUUUGCCCCACUGUGCACCUAACCAGCACCCUAGUUUAGAACCAGUGCCCUAUAUUGCUCUCCCUAUAGACAGUGUCUUAGCAAGUAACUUGUUUAAAUCACGGUCAAUGGAGAGUAUUGAUGCACGGACCAGUGAUGAAAAUGUAUGCACCGCAGAGAAAGAGCUAAUUUCCGAUACAAUUGCCAGUUUAAGAGAAGUAGACUCUGUUUCUAGUGGACUUCAUAGACUGAAUGUCAGUGAAUAAAUUAACAUUAAAGGUGUUGCUUUCAAAGGAGGUGAACUAUUGUAACUUUGUCAUCAAUAUCAUUUUCUAAAUGGAACUUAUUUAUUAUUUAGUUUAAAUAAGUGAUAUUUGGUGUAGGGAAAGUCUGUUUAUGAACAUCAUCUGUGUUGGCGGUCACAAUUGCAUGCAAUUUGAUUGCAACUAUUUAUUGUAACUGCUCUCCCUUAAUUAAUUCUCCAGUAUCCUGGUUAUUUCAGUUUUUGAACCUACCCCAUUUCUUUGUGUGUACCGAUGCAUAUACGUAACAUAAUUAAUAUAUGCUUGAAUUGCACCAUGUAUUUAUUUUGUAAUGAUUAAGGGAACAUUGGCUAGUAUUGAAUCUUGUCAAAACAAGACUGAAGAAAAUUGUUCAAAUGUUUUUGAUGUUCAUAACACAUGGGGUCAUAGUGUGUUUUUUAUUUAGCAGGGAACCAUCAGCGAUUUUUGAAACUGUUUAAUAUUGAUUCAAAAGUUUUAGAGUUCCUAGAAAUUUGCUGAGCAGGGUGCUACAAUGGGAAAUUCAUUUUGAUACAAAGAAACAAAAGCCCAUUUAUAGCUUGUACCUUCAUGAUGGAAGGAAAUCAAUAAGUAUGCAAUGGCAAUUGUCCUAUCAACUUUGGUUUCGUGGAUUUCCCAAGUUUGCUGUGAAGUAUCUCAUGGGAGCCAUCCUUCCUUCUCCCUCUUUUUCUCACAUUACACUUGUUUUCUUUUCUGAGUGUAAAGGUAAAUUUCCUCAGGAUGUUCAGACAUUCUUGACAUCAUACAAGAGUCUGAAAUUUGUUUGUUUUUGUUUCUUAAAUUACUGGUUUUAAUUUUGCUACUCUUUGAAUGUUCAGUAAAUGAGAAUUUUGGCACGCUAUAAUGUACUUUUCCAUGAUGAAUUAUUUCUGAGAAAUAGGAUGUUAUUUGCUCAUUUAAUGUUAAUGAAAUGUGUUACAUUAACGUCUAUUUUCAAAAACAAAUCAUACAAUUUGACACAAGAUAGUCUUGUUUAGUGGAAUUUAAAAAUAACACUCUGGGAGCCAACUGGACUUUUUUUCAUCCAUCUUUUGUAGAUAGUUUGUGUCUGUUCCACAGUGCUUCACAAUUCCCUCAAGCUUAAGCAGUGGUGUGUUGGCCUCAAUAUUGCUCAUGGAAACAGAUGCUGAUCUCAGGUCCUUUUCAUCACAGAGGGGUGUUGGAAUGUUUGAUAAAUACUUUAUAAUCAUGAUUAAAUUUAGGUUGCUCAAGUUUAGUGCAUUUUUCUUUAACCUGCAGGAAGUCUGAUAGUGAUAAUUUGUAUACAUCUUUGGUUUGCAAGGCAACCUUGUUUUUGUUCCAUCUGGCUGUUAGUACCUGGACUAGAUAUUCUUUUUGAGCUUACACUGUUACUGUUGCUUUAACCAGCAAUCCCUGUACAAUAAAUUAGUUUAUAAAUGCAUGAAAGGACCACAAGAAUGCACAAACUUGUAGCUUACUAUUGUUGAUUAAUAUGUACGUUUGGUGUGUACCUGUUUUUUCUUUUCUUUUUCUUCUGGUAUAUUGCAGUUGAAUGUUUGCAAUGCCAGAUUGUUGUUAAACCUACAGAAAUGUUAUAUUGUAUUUUUAAUGCUAUACUACAUGCAAUGCAUAAACUUGA